AUGGUCGAUAAGUUCGUAACCGCCCAUGCCGGAGCCAAGAAGAAUGAGGUAAGAGUAAACGACAUAUUUGCUAUUAAGCAGUCCUUGGGAGAGAGGCUAAGAGACUUUCUCGCCUGGUUCAACAGAGUAAGGAUGACUCUGCCAAACGUAUCAGAAGGGAUGGCGGUCAUAACUUUUCAGAACGGGAUGAGUAGAGAGGGUUCAAUAGCAACUAUCCUCCAACUACUUGGGAUGAAAUCCAUAAUGCCUAUUGUGCCGAGGGAACGAUAUCAACCAUAUAUCAGGGCGGCCACCGCACCCUCCCCCCGCUAUGAAGGAGGCCCGUCCAGGCCAAGGACAUGGACUCAUUGGAACGAAAGAGUCUACGCUCUUGAGAAACUUAGAACAAAAGUGAAAUGGCCGCCGAAGAUGAGAUCAUUCCCGAACACCAGAAAAUUCGACAUCCUCUGUGAGUUCUACCAGGAACGCGGGAACAAAACAGAAGAUUGCAUCGCCCUUAGACAAAAAGUCAUAAACAUGUUACAGCAAGGGCACCUCAAAGAGCUGUUAAGCGAUAAGAGGAGAACCAACUUCGCCAGAGGACGUGAACGUCAAGGCCUGCCAAAGCAGCCAUUAUCAGCUCGUACCAUCAACACGAUCAUCGGCGGCGGCGGCGACACCUCUAUCAACAGCGUAAAGUUUACCACCACUCACAAGCUUAAACGGUUUAUCACCCGUAAACGGUACGACGGACUCGAUGAAAGUAUCAUCUUCGAUGAGUCGGAUGCUGACGGUUUGAUUUUCCCUCAUAAUGAUGCCUUCAUUUUUACUUUACGCAUUUUAGAUACCGAUGUCAAACGCAUCAUUGUGGACGAUGGAAGAGGUGCGUGCAUUAUCCAUCCCCGAGUCCUUACCCAAAUGAUGCUUGAGGAUAAGAUAGUGUCGCGCUGUAUCACGCUAACCAGUUUUAAUAAUGUAGUUGAGCGGACAUCCGGGGAAAUUACACUCCCCGUCUUCGCCGGCGGCGUGACUCUGGAGAUGAUAUUCCACAUCAUGGACCAGGCCACUAAGUACAACGCCAUAGUGGGACGACCAUGGAUACACCCCAUGAGAGCCAUACCUCCAGCCUAUACCAAGUAA